CAUGGUCAGGGAUUUUCGAUUUUUAAAAUAUGUAUAAAAACACAUGCGUAUUAGGCUAACGCCGAUCAGUUUUUCAAGCGACUUCGAUACAAUCGGUUAGAUAUGUGGUUUGCGAUCAUUUUAGCGCUUGUGCUACAAAGUGGCAGAGUAUCUUCGGACGAUAUCGAUGACAACAACGCGCAGUUUCGUUGUGGAGUUCCCAGGCGUUUCGGAGAGCAGCUUAUCCAUCACGCAUGGGCCAGCGAGCCCGGCCAAUGGCCUUGGCACGUUGCCCUGUACCAUGGGAAGUCAAACAGCUCGCAAGAGUACAAGUGUGGCGGCACCCUGAUCGAUCAACGGCACGUCCUGACUGCAGCUCAUUGCGUGGUUCGUUCCAAUGGCAAAUCGAUGUCAACGAGUGACCUAUCGGUUCAUCUCGGGAAAUAUAAUUUGGGCGAUCAGCUGAGCCGGGUUCAGAUUAAAGUAGUUGAGAACAUCCACGUCCAUCCGAAUUUCUCCCGCAAUCGCCACGACAUUGCGAUCCUCGAGUUGGAGGAUCCAGUUAGGUUCAGCGACUACGUUAUCCCGAUUUGUUUGGGCGACUUGAGGGAGUCAGACGAAUUGGAGGGAGAGCGAGGGUGGGUCGCCGGAUGGGGGUUGACUGAAACAGGCGACAUCUCGGAGACGCUGAAAACCGCCCGGAUGCCGGUUGUCAACAAUACCGAGUGCGUUAGUAGUGAUCAUGUGCUGUUUGGACGGUUUAUUUCAGCGGCUGUUUUUUGCGCUAGCGAUAGAAAUGGCACCAGCGUAUGUCUGGGAGAUAGCGGAGGCGGAAUGUACUUUAGUUCUGGAGGAUACUACGAAUUACGUGGGAUUGUUUCGUUUGCGGGGAAAACACCCGAAGGGAACUGUGAAACUAACAAGUACAUCAUUGUUACGAACGUUGACUACUAUCAUGGAUGGAUUCGCGCCAUCACAUUCGGAGAGACAAAUUGGGUGGAUGUUCAUCAACCGAAACGGAUCAGCGAAAAAAAAUGCCUGGAGUAUGCAAAAUUCGCAAAGAAGGAAAAGAACGGCGUGUGUGAGAACAACAAGAAACCACAUGAGGUUCAAAUUUAUUACCGCUCCGAGCAAGUUUGUUUCGGAAACAUCAUCAGCGAGCAGUUUGUCAUUAACGCGAUUUAUCCUUGCACUAUUAACAGGAGCGCUAAAGAUCUGCAGAUUCGUUACGAUGGAAGAUUCCACUCAGUCAAAGAAAUCUACCGUCAUCCGGGAUACGUUGAUGAGUACCAAGGAGUUAAUCUGGCAUUGAUGAAGCUAAGGGAACCUCUGACGCUGAGCGGAAGCCUGCUUCCGGCUUGUUUGGCCAACACAGAUAGUGAAAAUUUGUACGAUGACUUCCGGAAAGAAUAUCAGGGAACAAGAAUAUUUCAUUGGUUGGAAGGGAACAAAAACCUCCUAAUGCCUCGGGAAGAGUGUUUGAAGGCGUACGGGAAAUUGACCCGGAACCCAUUGCUUCCUAUCGAGGGCUGUGCCACCUUGAUUGACCAAGUGAACUAUCAUUUCUGGCAGUUUCCUGGCAUUCCGGUGGUCAAAUUCAACAGCCGAAACUGUCAGUACACCAUACUAGGGCUCUCAAUAAGAGAACUAGAUUACGGGAAACUUCUGGUGUUUACGCGAGUGGCUCCUGUUUUGGAUUGGAUCGAGCAGAUUGUGUGGGCGAAGGAAAGCGAAGGAACCAAAGCAGCUGGAACCGCCAAUACACAGUUGAUGCCUAUGGAAACACUAACAACAACAAUGGGUACACCAGAAGGAACAACAGAAUCGAUAAUAACAAUCAGGAUAAAAACGGAUGCAAAGGUAGAAGAACCUCAGAAAGCUUUUGUAAAAAUCUUAGAAAGUAUCUGGAAUAAUUUUUCAGAAUUUGUCAGACAAUACGAAGAUGCAAACAGGGAAAAACGGCAGGAAGCUGCAGAUACAUUCUUACAAAGUAUCGUGAAUAGUUUUUCGGAAAUGUUUUCGUUGCUUGAAGCGGUUCCUAUUAUAUCUGCUGAUGCAACAUAGUGUGCCAAUUUUGCCAGUUCCCUAAAUCGACUAGGUUUACUAACGGCGUGUUCGUAAAUUGAUUUUCAAUCGAACUGUUUUUUUUUUAUCGAUGCUGGCGUUCCUAAAUUAUAAACAAACGUAUGCAAAAGCAUUUGAAAGUGAUUUGACAUCUACAAAAAAAAAAACGAUCGACUGAUGCAUCGCCCAAAAAAAAUCAAUUUACCUAGAACAUAGAGACAUUGAAAUCCGAACGUUACGGGCAGUUUCUUAGGAAGUC